AUGUCAGAGAGGAAACCUCUGGCACCUUCAAAACUGAGAAAUGUCGAGACAGCAGAAGAUAUGGUCAGUGGCGGAAGCUCAUCUUCCAAUAUGAGUAGACAGGAAAUCAGAGCCAAGGUGGACGAAUUAGCAAGUUUGAUACCUGAUGAAUCGAUCGUUGGAGAUAAGACGUUCGCUGAAUUGAGUCUGUAUGAAAAGAAGUCAGUGUUGAUAAAUAGAGAAUUAGAUCAAAUGGGAAUGGGUAGAUAUCAAUGGUGUAUAUUCACUUUAUGUGGAUUAGGUUAUUUCUUAGAUUUGUGUUGGGCACAAGCAUUUGGAUUAGUUGGUUCAGCGAUUCAACAAGAGUUAGGUAUACCAGAUUCAGAAAUAGGUGAUUUAUCAACUGCUUUUAACACUGGUUUAUGUGUAGGUGCUUUUGGUUGGGGUUUAUUAGUUGAUAUUGUAGGAAGAAGAUGGUGUUUCAAUUUGACUUGUUUACUUUCAACUAUAUUCGGAUUCAUCUUUGCAGCUCCAUCAAAUUACGGUUUCAUCUGUUUCUUAUCUGCCAUGAUAGGACUAGGAGUGGGUGGAAAUGUUCCGAUUGACGCUACUAUCACACUCGAAUUCCUUCCCACCAAGAACAGAUAUCUGCUGGCGGCUUUAUCUACCUUUCAACCUAUAGGAACCGUCACCGCAUCCGUCAUAGCAUUUGGACUCAUACCGAAAUACUCCUGCGACAGUUCUCUCAGAUCCUGCAAUAUCAGUGAGGCUCCUUGUUGCAGCAGAUCUAACAAUAUGGGAUGGCGAUAUACCAUUCUUGUCAUAGGAAUUCUGACACUCUCCAUUUUCUUAUUACGAUUCGCAAUUUUCAAAUUCCGAGAAUCGCCCAAAUACCUCUUAUCGAAGGGUCACGACGCCCACGCUUUAGACGUUAUCCAUUCAAUAGCAAAGUUUAACAGAAGACCACCGCCAUCUUUGACACUUGAAGAUUUCAGAGCAUUGGAAUUUGAGGAACAACAAAUUCCCAAUUACGGUUCCCAAGCACCUUUGAUAGGGGGUCAAGCACAUACCGAUACAGUCGACCUUGCAAAGAAUGUCGCCAUAGGUGGAUUCAAGAAAGCUUUCGGUCAUCUGAAAGGCUUAUUCAAGGAGAAAAUGUAUAUAUGGCUGUUUGUCAGUCUCGCUAUAGCGUAUAUGGCACUUUUCUGGUCGUUCUCUCUUGCCGGUUACUUCUUACCACUCAUCCUCAAAGCAAAAGGCAUCGACGCGAAUGGAAGUGUCGCCGAUGUUUAUCGAUCAUACGUGUGGAUAUACUUGCCAGGAGUGACUGCCACACUAGCAGCAGCUUGGGUCACAGGAUUCUCGCAAUUUGGUAGAAGGUGGAUGAUGGUGAUAUCUUCAGCUCUCAUGGGUAUAGCCCUUGCUUUAUAUCAACUUGUCGACAGUCGAGCUGGUAAUAUCGGAUUUAACGCGAUGGAGUACUGGUUCCAAUCACUAUAUGCUGCUUUACUUUAUGCCUAUACACCGGAAGCUUUCCCUGCUACCUUUAGAGGUUCAGCUUGUGGUAUGCUUUCCACUCUAGGUAGGAUUGCUAGUAUCCUUGCGCCCGUAGCUGGAGGAACAGUUUACCACGGAUCAGAUUCUCCCGGUGUCUUGUGGUUAGCCGCGGGCGGAGCUUGGUUAUCAACUUUAGCGAUUGCUUUUUUACCAUAUGAGACGAAUCGGAAACAGACUAUGUGA